UUUGGAACAACUUCUGGGUAAGUAAACGAUGACAGAAUUGUCAUUCGUCGGUGAACUUUCGCAGAGUUGGACAUUAGCACACAUUGCUUAGCCAAUGACAAAGUUUGCUUCGUAAACAGGUUCAGCAUUGUCUUGGCUACUGUAGAUUUUUGGUUAGAUUUCGAGUAAUUACAGUUGCGAUGUCUCUGUAGUAACGGCUUCAAACAGAUGGUAUCAUGACAGAUCUUGAGGUUCUACUGAAAUGAGACAACGGUUUUCAUUUGCCAUCUGAUGUCACGGGCAUAAGCGAAACGUCUAAUAAAUGUUCCACAUUACUGUACCAUGAUGAUUUGUCACUCUACAAUUUACUGUGACAUUUAGAAGAAACAAGCCUUCGUCUGCCUGACACGAAAUAUCACGUCUGUGACGGCUGAAAGCCGACAGCGGGCCUCAUACUUGGCUUUUCAAGAGUGUACUUCAAAAACGUCUGUAUUGCGGUUCUAAUGCGAGAGUUUUGCUAUAUAAAGAUAUGUUUUCAGUUCAAAACAAGUUUAGCAAUAUUGACAGCAUCUGUGGUAUGCUGCUUAUUUCCACAGGAAAUAGUUUUGCAUUAAUUGCGCAUGCAGUCAUGCACUUACAAUGGGGGUCUCGGGGCCUAAGCAUUUUGGAUAUUUCAAAAAGUGCUUUACUGAAUAUGUACGUUGUACUUUUUGCUACAAACUGAUGGAGCGGUCGAAAUACUUUCUGGGAUAAUCGACAACAGACAACAAACAUCAAUAGAGCUUAACUUGUAUUGAACCCAAAGCAUUACUUUUAAUCCCCGACGAAGGCCAAGAAAUGCAUGUUUACAGCAGAUUUGACUGGUCUACUGUGAUUAUUAGUCUGGUCCGAUUGGGAAAGUGCCGCAGUUCGGCCACCUGUGAGUGUGUUUGUACACACGGUCACGUGAGAGACUCUCACAAGGUCAGCGCAACAGCUGCAGGCCUGCUAAUCGCAAAUAGUGGCCAGUUGUGUGCUAGUCGCGGCACAUUUGAGUGUGUGAAUGUGUUUGCCUUGCGUUGAAUGAUGGGAGACGGCCUUGUGUGUGUGUGUACGUGCUGCGGUAGUAAAGUAUAAUGCACAGGAAGUUCGGGGAGCACCCUCAACCACAGCGCCUGACGAGAGAAGCCAUGAGGAAUUACUUGAAGGAACGAGGAGACCAAACUGUGCUCAUCCUCCACGCUAAAGUUGCACAGAAAUCAUACGGGAAUGAGAAAAGGUUUUUCUGUCCUCCCCCAUGUGUGUAUCUGAUGGGCUGUGGAUGGAAGAAGAAGAGAGAGCAGAUGGAGAGGGAUGGGUGCUCGGAGCAGGAGUCUCAGCCAUGUGCCUUCAUCGGCAUUGGCAACAGCGACCAGGAGAUGCAACAGCUUAACUUAGAGGGGAAGAACUAUUGCACAGCCAAAACAUUGUACAUCUCAGACUCAGACAAACGCAAGCACUUCAUGCUGUCGGUGAAGAUGUUCUACGGGAACAGCGCAGACAUCGGUGUCUUCCUGAGCAAGAGGAUCAAGGUCAUCUCCAAACCGUCCAAAAAAAAGCAGUCCCUCAAGAACGCCGACCUCUGUAUAGCAUCAGGAACGAAGGUGGCGUUAUUUAACCGUCUUCGCUCUCAGACUGUCAGUACGCGUUACCUACACGUAGAGGGAGGAAACUUUCAUGCCAGCUCACAGCAAUGGGGAGCGUUUUAUAUCCACCUUUUGGAUGAUGAGGAGUCUGAAGGCGAGGAGUUCACGGUCCGAGACGGCUACAUUCACUACGGCCAGACUGUCAAACUUGUGUGCUCUGUGACAGGAAUGGCUCUGCCAAGACUGAUCAUCCGUAAGGUGGAUAAGCAGACGGCCUUACUGGACGCAGAUGAUCCGGUCUCUCAGCUGCAUAAGUGUGCCUUUUACCUGAAGGAUACAGAGAGGAUGUACCUGUGCCUUUCUCAAGAGAGGAUCAUCCAAUUUCAAGCCACUCCAUGUCCAAAAGAACCAAAUAAGGAGAUGAUAAAUGACGGUGCCUCCUGGACAAUCAUCAGCACUGAUAAAGCCGAAUACACCUUCUAUGAGGGCAUGGGCCCUGUACACACCCCUGUCACACCUGUGCCUGUGGUCGAGAGCUUACAGUUAAAUGGUGGAGGAGAUGUAGCCAUGCUGGAGCUGACGGGACAGAACUUUACUUCAAACCUACGAGUGUGGUUUGGUGACGUAGAGGCUGAGACCAUGUACAGGUGUGGAGAAAGCAUUCUGUGCGUCGUUCCGGACAUCUCGGCGUUCCGCGAAGGCUGGAGAUGGGUUCGGCAGCCGGUACAGGUUCCUGUAACGUUGGUCCGACAUGACGGUAUCAUCUAUUCCACAUCCCUUACGUUCACCUACACCCCCGAACCCGGGCCACGGCCACAUUGCGGCGCGGCUGGCGCGAUCUUUCGAACGGGCAAUGCCGGCUUACUUUCCACGACCGGUAACAGCACGGGAGGGAACGGAGAAACGGCUUACGGGGCCAACAGCACGACUAAUGCCGUCACAGCGUCAUCCUCUAAUGCAGCCGCGGCCGUGGUGUUAUAACACACGUAGGACCGCGCACAAACUCACGAUGUAUGAAAAAAAACUUUGUUAAAGUGCUGCAUAUAAAAUCCCUUGACCGAGAGGAUUAAAAAUCAAGGAUUUCUGAGAAGUAUGAAACCUGUGGCGAGGAAAUUUGAGCUCUCUUGUGGUUUUCGAGGAGCUUGUCUAGCGCUAGCAAUAAACAAUGCUUGAGAGAAAUCUUCAUGUUGGCAACAUCAUCGGGUGUUGAAGAUGUGGAGAUGAGACCGCAACAGCGAUACGUCAGCCAUGUACAGAAUGCGUCAACUGAAAACUGUCUUUCUUUCAGUCCGAGUGCGUUGGGUGAGACGUAUCAUGGGCGGUCUUAACUCAAAUUGUGUGAAAUUGUGAGAACGACAGUUUUUAUGGACCAAUGAUAUUGUAUAAGCUUUAGUAAAGGUACAUUUUUUGAUCCCCAUACCUUUUUAUAUCAAACAUUAUAGUACACUUUUGUUACCAAAUUGGUUCUGUUCCUCCUCUGAGAUUUCACCGUUCAGUUUCUUUUUCUGUUGUCUCGUCCGUUGUCGUCUGGCUUCUGUAUAUAGCCACUUCCAAACAUCUGUUUGCUUUUUUGAUACUUUGUUUUAUAGUACAUCGCAUUUCUUUUCUACUCAAUUUAGUUGUUGUAAUUUCACAUUUGGGAAAAACUCAGAGGGCCUAUUUUUGAACCAUGCGUUUUUAUGAAGUCUUUUAAAAAGAGAAGAGCUUUAAGCAAUGCCUCUGCCUUGCCUGCAUUACAAUAUGCGCCACGCUUCCUUUAAGCAUUUCAUUGACACACGUUCAGAUCUCACAAAAAACUUUCUCAUUUGGGAAUAUAAACCAGAAAACACAACAUACAAUAUAGAGACCUAUUAUAGGUUUUGAUGCAAUGUGUCUUUUUACGAAACCGUAGCCAUAGUGUAGUACAUCUGUAUGCUUUCGAGCACACGUUAGGUUAUCACAUAUCAAUAAUUGGAAAUUUUGCUGCCGUUGGAUGUCGCUUACUUCAACAGUUUUCCGUUUAUCCAUGUUUUGUGAUGUGUCUGAUGAAUCCAUUUGAUCUUCCUAAACUUCCAUUUGCAUUUUCUAAAAUGAUAAAUUGUCUCAAAAAAUGAAUAAUUUAAAGACGUGCUCAACCAUUAGAUGUGGCCUUACUGUAAACAACGGUUCCUGGUUCAUUUCAGCCCUUAAAAAGAGUUGACAAACAUGACCUGAGAAACCAAGCCUUGCAUUUUGAACAUUUUACAUGCGAUUUUUGAUAUUUAAACUAUGUUCCCUGAACUUUAAUGUUUCAUUUUGAUUCAAACGUGUGAUAGAAAUGAUGAACAUACCCAAAGAUAUUAUAUUGCAUUGUUGUCUUGGUUUUUAAUAAUUGAAAAAUAUGCCGAGCCUCUCGUACACCAAAAGCAGGAAGCUUUACUCCGUUGGUCAUUUAAUUUGUUUAUUGUGGCCUUGGUGUGUCUCACCAACUAGUAGACUAGUAUUAAUGACAAAAAAUAACUAGCUGUAAUUAACUCAUAAACCAGCACUAAUAGUGUUUUGUGACUUUCUUUUGUACAGUAAUUUAACUUUUGAAUUUAUAAAAAAAACAAAAAUGGAAAAAAAUAAGCAAACCCACUUUCGUUUUUUUUUCUGUGUGUGUGUGUUGUCUGUCUCUUAACCCAGUUAUGUCUUUGAUGUUCCUCGUCAGUUUGUUUAGUUGAACAGGUGUUUUUCGUCCGAUGUUGUCUUAACCUUGUAUGUUAAUGUCCUGAUAGUACAUGGACAUCGUGGGACUAUAAACAUGAAAGUCAAUGGCCUUUAAGUGUGUGUGUCUCUUUCAAAGAUGUAAUAUUUGAAUACAGCAAUACUGUAUAGGUCACUUUGUGUGUGUUGGUCUGUGGAAAAGCCACUGAUUUUCACCAGCCUGAUCCACAGUGUAUGUGGUCAUGAAGACCAGCUUGCUCGACUGGAGUCAUAUUCUCUCUGUUUUACACUUAUCCAUGCUAAUUUAAUCAGACAUCUUCCGUGGUCUUCCUCGUUUGGAAAAUCUAUAGUGUAGUGUACGUAGGAAACUCGUCAAAAAAGGCAAUACUCCAGCAUUGUAAAAUAAAAUGUAGUAUAUUUCGGGAAAAACUGUAACUUGAAUGUCACUGCAAAAAAAAAGUUCACUUGUUGCCUCCACUAAAUUUUACUUUUGAAUAUCAUCCUGCUAAAAAUGUCUUCAGUCUAUCCAAGGCUGCAAAUCUCUUCCAUGAGGUUUUUUGAGGUUCUGAAAUAAUGAAGAUACCUUGAAAACUUUUGCACUUGGUUUACCGUAAUUAUUUGUGCAACAGACCAUAGCCAUCUUCCAUUUCACUUUAUGCUUGCAAUUCAGUUUCAGACAAACAUACACAUUUAUUUGGGGAAAGAUGGAAGUGAAACUGUGCAAAAAUUGUGUUUUUUGUUACACUUUAAAAAUGCUGGGCUAUUUCCAACUCAACGAGGUUCAACCCAUUGUUGUGUUAAAUAUAAAAAAUCGGGUUUCAUUUAACCUAAAGGCUAGCUUUGCAUUGUAAAAAGUAAAAGUUGGAAUAUACAAAAUAUAUAUAUAUAUUGGAUCAAAAUAUAUUAAAAUAUUCAAUGGGUUACCUCAAAGUAUAUUUUAUAUUUAAGUAUUUUAGGUUAAACUGAAGUAAAUUUUUUAAUUUUUUCACCUUAUAUUUUUACUUGAGUACACUUUUUUUAAGUUAAUUAUUUUAUGUUUUACAGUGUGUCUCCUUCUGAAAAUAGCCCAGCAUUUUUUAGUGUUUUUUAUUCGUCACCUGCACUCUUAGAAAUGCUGAGUUAUUUUCCACUCAAAUUUUAGCUUUGACCCAACAAUGGAUUGAAACAACCCAGCAAGGGUUAAAUUACAAACCAACAGAUGGGCUCGCCACUUUUUGAGCCUACGCUGGGUUAAAAAUAACCUAGCAUGUUUUAAAGUGUGUGUUGAACACAAUACCCACAGAAGGCAUCAUAAUUGGUACCGUACAAUUUGGUACUGUAUUGUUUGAUUUGAUUGAUUUUACCAACAGUGGCGGCCGGUGACUUCUUUUUCGAGGGCGCACGAUGUGAAGCUCGUCACAACAUGUAUUUAGCCCAUCAUGUGUGUGGUUCAUCAUUUCAAAAUAUGUGUCCGGCGCAUCAUGUGAACUAUAUGCAUCAUGCGUCUUGUUAAAAUAAGUGCCUCGUGCACACGCGUCUAAAGGGUUUAUGAUAAAAGUAAUGCUUGUGUUUGCCAGAUACUCGCUUAAUCUCAUGUGUAUUCAGAGCUUAGUGUUAACUUAGGGGCUGUUUACACUUGGUAUUAAGAUGUGUUUUCAUCGAUCGGAUCACAAGUGGACGAGAGAGACACAUUUCGUUUACACCUGGUAUUUAAAUCCAUCUCUUUUGUCCACUUUCGACCGCUUCUGUCCUGAAUACUGUGAGGGGGUGGUCCGUGAGACGGUGGGCGAGUCUCUUUGCUGUCAUUCAAACGCGAGCGGGAGUAAUUAUGAGUUUAUAUGGGCAAACUAAUAUUAUGUCGGAGUCCGGUGCUUGUUUAGCAAGUAUACAUGCUGCACAGUGUUUUGUAUCUGUAUAUGUUGGAGCUUUCUCUGAAUUUUCAGCGCAAUUGAUGAAAUAGGAUCGCGCAACUUUCACGCUUUCAAAGCGAAACUACGGAGAACAUCCGCAGUACUUUUACGAAUGAAAGGCUAAAAAUAGCGCUGUUCACCGUAUGUUCACACCAGAAGUCAAAAAAAGACGUAAAACUUGUGUUUAAUACCUCAGAUUAGAUAAAUGGGCGGAGAGAAGGCGGUCACGUGUGGCUGUUCGAACACAUUUCAACCACAUUUGCGUUCCGCAACUCCAAAGCGAUCCGAUCAAAAGUGGUUUCGACUACCUCUGGAUGUGGUUGAAAGUGGUCGAAAGUGGACGCGUUCAAAACGUUUUGAACACCGUUUACACCUGGCAUUAACGUCGUCCACUUGUGAUCCCAUUGACGAAAACGCAUGUUAAUGCCAAGUGUAAACAGCCUCUUAGUGUCUUGCGAGUAUUUUGUGAACGUGAGCGUCUCUUUUAUCAUAAACUGUUUCGACGCCUGUGCAGCAGGCACUUAUUUUGACAAGAUGCACGGUUCAUUCAUAUGACGCACCGAACACAUUUUUUUAAAUGACGAGCAACACACAUGACACUCCGAACACAUAUCUUAAAUUCGCGACACUGGGAAGAGAAGUCACCAACCAACAAAAUGAAAAAAUCAAGUGCGUUAAGUCAGUCGGCCUUUAAAUGAGACCGCAUUGUUGAAACAUUUCCUACUCAAGCAAAAGUAAGCAUUUCGUCUCAUAUGACCGUUAAUCCAGUUUGAUAUUAUCAAUGUUUUUGUUGGCAUACUGCAAUCCAUCAUCAUUUAGACAUUAAUAUGAACAUUUGUGAAUUGUUUCAUCACAGUCUCUGUCCACUGUUGUGUUUACAUUGUGGAUUUGCUAAGCUCUCCCCCUUCACUUACUGUAAUGUUACUGUGGUAAAGUGCAUUAUGUUGCUCUCUGAAAGAAAUCAAUUGACAAUCUUACUGUUUUUUUACAGUUUGUUUUUGUUUAUAAGGUGUUGAGCUUUAGAAGGAUUUGUUAUGCCAUAUAUAUGAAACUGUAUUUAUUGGAUGACGCGUAACAAAAUGCACACAUUUGCAUUACUUCUCAUUUUAGUCAAUUAUAAAUCAUCUAAAGAUGUUAAACACAGGUCAUGUUUGAUUCAUGUGGGGUCUUGUGCCAAGCCUUAAAACACAUUUAAUUGCAAAAUUCACUGAACAAUAAUCCCUUUUAUAUUUCCAAGUGUGUGACAAUUGUUUUUUUUAGAGUCAGCUUGUGUCAAUACUGUAUAUCUGUUGGUUUUUAUAUUUCUGUUUAACUUUGCUCUGAUCUUCCAAAAGCAUACUUUUUUUCAAGAGCUCUGAUCAAUGUAGGUUAUUAUUAUCUUGUCUUCUGAUAUGCCAAAUGUCUUACAUUUUCAUGCACUGCUUAUCAAACACCGCGUGAGAGGCAGCUUUUCAUCAAUGAUCAUAGAAGAAUAGAGGAUGGAAAAAUAAAUGUUAGCAAACCGUAAAAAUACACACUGGUUACCGCAAGACUUUCGUUUGCUGCCACAGUUGAUCAUUUUUUCAUAUUUCUGUACAGUUUAAGUUUUUAAAUCGGUCAUAAUGUUGUAGCAUAAUGUCCAUAAACAUAAUCUGUUAAUCAAAAAUCUGUGGUACAGAGUUGUUAUCCGUAUAGGACAAGGUUUAGAAAGGUUUCACCUGUUUCUCUUUACUCAUAUUGCACUUAUAGAAAAAAGUACAUAGAUUUGUUGCUUACAGAAUGAAACGUUUCAUUUUUCAUGUAAAGAUUGAUCCUGAUGUUUGAUGCUGGGCUUUAUGUGUACAGUUCAUCCCCCACCACUUCCUUUCGGCCUGUUUUUGUUUCCUUUACGCUCUCUCUCUUCAUCUUUCUUGGUCUGUUGAUCUAGUUCAGAGGUAUCAGUACGGUAGCAGUCUCACUCAUUUACGGGCGGCUGAUGUUAGUUUGCCCUAAUGUGACAUUUUUGUAAACAUUGGUUUCAUUUGUUUUUUUGUACAUAUCGCACCUGCUCAGUUCCAUGUCAUUAAAUAAAACUGCAAUAUUGGCAUAACAUCCA